AUGGCACUGAUCUUCGGAACCGAAAAGGAUAGGAGGGGAAUUUUUCCUUGGUUCGGAAAAAUUUCGCGGCGAUUUGGAUCGGCCCUCCAGAUAACCCCCAUCCUAGGAAAAAGCCCUGGCCUGAUGGAUGGGGGGGGGGGGGACAAAACCCCACCAAGCUCCAUCUCCUGGGUCCCUCAACCCCCAAAUUUCAUACAGCGAUUAGCAAACCCAGCCAUUCACAGCCCGUCCCCUCGAUUCUCGAUUCUCGAUGCGUUGGACCCAGAGGGAUUGGAUUUGGGUGGCUCGUCCCCUCUAUACCACCAUGGCGCUGGCGGUGAUUUGAGGUCUUUUGCCCAAGUGGCCCAAUAA